UUGUAUGUUUGUGCGGUGGUGUGCGUAGCACGUCGUUAAAUGUCUUCGUUCGAAAAGACGCGCACAACAAAAAAUUCAAUUCAAAACUUUAUCAACUUAUCGAAACCAAAUCUUUCGAUUAGUAAUCAAAAGAUCUGCGAAAUGAUUUUAUAAUUAUGUCUAUUACAAGAGAGGGGACGGCUAUGUAAAAGUUAACGGUGCGUUUGUUACUGCAUCUACAGGUGGUAUCGGUGAGAUGCCGAUAGCCGUUUUACGGUCCGUGGUGUUAAAAAUGAAGUGAAAAAGUGCAUCACAAUGUAAAAUCAAAGUGAGUUUCCCAACUUUUCACCUGUUUUUGUUAGACUGGACGAAACUAUUAAAAUGUUGGUGAAGAGGUGCACAAUGGAAGAGAAGGAACGGAAAACACGACACAUGUUUUUAGGGAUUAAAACUUAUUUAUUUAUUGUAUAUUUAGCUAGUGUUCCUCACGAUGCUUUAGCUGAAAAUUCACUACAAGCUCCAAGAUUCACGACAUCGUCGGCUAGUAGUAGUAUUAUUAGAUUAGGAACGACAAAAAUUAUCCAGUGCCAAGCUUUUGGUAAUCCCUCGCCGCAAUUUAGGUGGCUGAAAGACUGGGUGCCAAUAACUGAAUUUUCAACUGAUGCUUACUACAAAAUCAUCUCCGCUAGUCAUAAGGAUGAAGGCAGCUACAGGUGUAUAGCAGCCAACAAAAUCGGCUCAAUACUCAGCGAGGAAAUGAAGAUUCUCGUAGCGUACAUGAAGGUUUUCGAAGAUCAGACUGAAAAGAGCGAGUCCGUCGUCGAAGGGCAAGCUGCAAUUUUAAAUCUUCCGGAAAUCGAGUCGAAACCUAAGCCUGAAGUGACCUGGCAUACCGAAAGCGGACAAUUACCAUACGCUCAAAAAUACGCCAAAUCGAAAUCCAACCAACUUAUCAUCCUAUCCACGGAUAAAUCUGACCAGAAAGCUUACAGGGCGCGUGCAAUAAACACUCAAGAAGGUAAAGAAGAAAACAGCGCAUUUAUAAGACUGAACGUGCAAGAAUCAACCGAUCAUAAAGAAAUUGCACCUCAAAUUAUUGUUCCUCCCGAAGACGUGAAAAUUGUCAGAGGGACAGCUCAGACGACUUUAGACUGCAUCGCUAAUGCCAGACCGUUGCACGAAUUGGAGACGUUGUGGUUUAAGGAUGAUAUUUUGAUAGAGAAUGGGGGCAUGUAUUCCUUGAACGAUAUUUGGAAUAGGAGUUUGACGUUGAUUUCGGUUAACACGACCCAUAGUGGGCAAUAUGAAUGUCAUGUUAGGCUGAGAUCGGAACGGUUUGAUACCGUCACAGCCAAAGCAAUUGUUACUGUACUUGAAAAACCGAGAUUUGUGAGUGCCACAAGGGCCGAAACGUUAGGGGAGUACGGGACACCUAUUAGCCUACCAUGUGAUGUGGUCGGAAUACCCAAACCCAACGUCACUUGGUAUAAAAACAGCGAAGAGAUUGAUCUGACUGACAAGAGGUAUGUCCUCGAAGAAGACAAUUCAUUACGUAUUAAAAAGCUGUUAAUAAAUGACAGCGGCAUGUUUCAAUGUUUUGCCAAAAGUGAAGCGGGGGAAAGUUCAAUUUCGACCUGGUUGAAGGUGAAAAAACGGAGAAAAGUGAGAAGUUUAUCGGCUAGAUAUGUCAGGUUGAGAAGUCCCGGCGAACGCCAUAGCAAAAAGAAUUUUGUUUUUAUGACACAAUCUGCUGGUCCCGUGAUGGAAUUAGGUCCACAAAAUGUAACAGUUCUUGAUGGUAAAGAUGCAACUUUAGCUUGUCGAGCUGUGGGAGCCCCAACACCUAAUGUUACCUGGAUUUAUAAAGGCGAACUUAUUGAAACUUCAAGUAGAGUCCAAAUUCUCGACACUGGAGACUUACUAAUAGUUGCUGUUAAAGAAUCAGAUGUUGGAAUGUACACUUGUAUAAGAGCCAAUGAAGCUGGCGAAGUCCGAGGUUCUGCACAUUUGGGAGUUUUGGUUCGUACUCAAAUAAUUCAACCUCCGGUUGAUACGCGAGUCCUCCUCGGUCACACAGCGACCCUCCAGUGUAAAAUCUCUUCCGAUCCUGCUGUCCCUUUCGAGUUGCGUUGGUACAAAAAUAAACAAGCUUUAAAUCCGAAAGCGAGUUCAAGGAUAAGUAUUUUAAAGGAUGGCACUUUGGAAAUACAAGCAGUGCGAGCUGCUGAUGUCGGUCUCUACACAUGCUCGAUUAAAUCACCUGGUGGUAACGAAACUAGAUCAGCUAAAUUGAGCGUUAUCGAACUACCAUACGCCCCCACUAAUGUUAAAGCAGAAAGACUGGAUACGGCCUCGCAAAGGGCAGUUAAUGUUAGUUGGAUACCUGGAUUCGAUGGAAAUAGUCCGAUAAAACAGUUUAUUAUACAAAAAAGAGAGUUGCCCGAACUUGUUCCUCCGAUUUCAGGCCCAAUUCCAGAUCCUUUACUCAAUUGGGUAACUGAACUCAGUAAUGUAUCGGCCGAUCAAAGGUGGAUUUUAUUAACAAAUUUAAAAGCAGCAGCUGCAUAUCAAUUCCGAGUUAGUGCCGUUAAUAGUGUUGGAGAAGGAAGUCCGUCCGAACCUAGUAAUCAAGUUAUGUUACCUCAAGAAGCCCCUUCUGGCCCCCCUGUUGGUUUCGUUGGUUCGGCCCGAAGUUCCUCUGAAAUCAUAACACAGUGGCAACCACCACUCGAAGAGCAUCGCAACGGCCAAAUACUCGGCUACAUAAUCAGAUAUAAAUUAUUCGGUUAUACAAACAGUCCUUGGAUCGUCCAAAACAUAACCAACGAAGCACAAAGAAAUUACUUAAUUCAAGAUUUAAUAACUUGGAAAGAUUAUAUCGUCCAAAUCGCAGCCUACAACAAUAAAGGUGUUGGUGUUUUUACUGAAGGUGCUCGGAUUAAGACUAAAGAGGGCGUCCCUGAGGCACCUCCUAUAAUCCAGAAAGUGGUACCUCUUAACUCCACCACAAUUCAAAUCACGUGGAAACCCCCAGAUCCGCAGAAAAUCAACGGAAUUAAUCAAGGAUAUAAAAUCCAAGCGUGGCAAACUGACAAAAACGGCGAUUUAUUCGAAGCUAAGAUGAUGACAGUCCAUCCGAAUUUGCUAGAUCCAAAUCAGGAACAAACGGCCCUCAUGACAGGCUUGGAGAAAUUCACGGAUUACAACGUUACGGUCCUGUGCUUCACCGACCCUGGCGAUGGCGAAAUCAGCGAGUUUGUCUCAGUGAAAACACAAGAAGAUGUCCCAGAUGAAGUCAGCAACUUGCAAUUCGACGAUAUUAGCGACCGUGCCGUUAAGGUCAUUUGGCAGCCCCCUAAACACAUCAAUGGCAUCCUCACAGGGUACCAAAUUCGGUACCAAAUCCGCGACAAGCCAGACACCGUCAAAAUCAAGAACCUCACAGCUGAGACUCUUAGUCUCAAAGUAACAGACUUACAAGCAACCACUCAUUACAAGUUCGAGGUCACAGCCUGGACUGCCAUGGGGGCUGGCCCCCCUAAAGUCGCAAUCAUCCAAUCGGGGGUUGAACCCGUCUUGCCCCAUCCUCCCUCCAAACUCGCUUUAUCCAACAUUGAGGCCUUUUCGGUCGUCCUCCAAUUCACCCCCGGCUUCGAUGGCAACUCCUCCAUCACCAAGUGGACUGUGGAGGCGCAAACUGCGCGCAACGCCUCCUGGUUUGUCGUUUUCGAAAUAAGCGAUCCUGAUGCAACUACGAUUACGGUGACAGGGCUUGUCCCUUUCACUGUCUACAAGUUACGAUUGAUUGCUAAUAAUGUCGUGGGGGCUUCCGAGCCAUCCGAAGCCUCGAAGGAGUUUCAGACGAUUCAAGCACCCCCUGCGCAUCCGCCUAAAAAUGUCACAGUUCGAGCUAUGAGUGCGACUGAAGUGAGGGUUCGAUGGAUUCCGUUGCAGCAAAUCGAAUGGUUCGGAAACCCACGAGGGUACACGAUUAGUUACGUGGAGUUGCGAACAGGGGAAAAACACACAGCGACAAUUGAGGAUCACACGGCAAAUUCACAUGUGAUUACCGGAUUGGAGGAAUUUGCGUUGUACGAAGUCUCAAUGCAAGCGUGUAAUGAUGUGGGGUGUUCUAUGGAUGGGCCGGUCGCGUUAGAAAGGACAAGGGAGUCAGUGCCAUCGUUCGGGCCAUUAAACAUCGAAGCAAACGCUACCUCCAGUACUACAAUCGUAGUGAAAUGGGGUGACGUCCCAAAAGAACACCAAAACGGCUUAAUUGAAGGCUACAAAGUUUAUUACGCUGCCGAAUCAAAAUCACCCGUACAGUACAAACUAAUCGCCAGCAAUUCGACUUUUACAACCACUCUGACCGAAUUGCGAAAAUUCGUCGUUUAUCGCAUCCAAGUCUUGGCGUACACCCGACUUGGUGACGGCGAGCCAAGCAAACCCGCCGUCAGCGUCCGAACAUUCGAAGAUGUCCCGGGUCCUCCCUCGAAUGUGUCAUUCCCCGACGUUUCCGUUACAUCAGCGAGAAUCAUUUGGGACGUCCCGGAAGAGCCCAACGGCGAAAUCCUGGCUUACAAAGUCACAUAUCAUAUCGAUAACGUGAACGUUAAUAAUAAAUACUCGAAGGAAUUUCCGCCGUCUGAUAGAACAUUCAGGUUUACACAGUUGGAGCCUGAAAAGUAUUACAUGUUCUCCGUGACUGCUCAGACGAGAUUAGGCUGGGGCAAAACAGCUCAUGCUUUAGUUUUUACCACCAAUAAUCGAGACACACCACAGUCACCAUCCUUGCCACAAAUCAGUCGCAGCCAGGUACAGAGCAAACAAAUCACUUUCAGCUGGACACCGGGCAGAGAUGGAUUCGCACCACUGAGAUAUUAUACAGUUCAAAAAAUGGAAAAUGGGGGCCCUUGGCAAUCCCUUCCCGAACGUGUAGACCCCCAACUCACAUCAUACACAGUCUCCGACCUCAAACCCUUCACCUCGUACCGCUUCAGGAUUCGCGCAACCAAUGAUAUAGGUCCAAGCCCCUUUAGUCCUGAAUCUAUCGAAGUCCGAACUUACCCAGCAGCCCCCAGUAAAGGCGUCACAAACCUAAAAGUAGUCCCAAUAACAACAACAAGUGUCGAAGUUUACUGGGACCCAGUCGAGGAAAAGUACUGGAACGGGGAUGUUAAAACUGGAGGCUAUAGAGUAGUCUUUCAACCGGUCUCUGACUAUCCAACUGCAUUACAAGCAACACCCAAGGAGGAAAUUUUCGGAAUUAAUGCGAAAAAAAUGGUUUUGAGUGAAUUAUUGCAAGAUAAGAAUUAUGAAAUAAUUGUGGUUCCGUUUAAUUCACAAGGGGAGGGUCCUGCGACACCUCCCGUCACGGUUUAUGUAGGGGAGGCCGUCCCAACUGGUGAGCCAAGGGACUUAGAAGGUGAAGCUGUGUCUUCAACUGAAGUUCGGUUAAAGUGGAAGCCUCCACAACAACAGCAGCAAAAUGGCGAAUUGUUGGGAUACAAGAUAUUUUAUUUGGUGACAAACUCACCGCAAGAUUUCGACGAGGGACACAAAUUCGAGGAAGAAAUUGAAGUGAUCGCCGCCACGAUGACCUCCCACAGCCUCGUCUUCCUCGACAAAUACACCGAAUACCGUAUCCAAAUCCUCGCUUUUAACCCCGCCGGUGACGGACCCCGAUCACGCCCCAUCACCGUCAAAACACUCCAAGGCCUUCCCGGUCCACCUGCCAAUCUCCACUUUUCCGACAUAACAAUGAACAGCUUACUCGUAUCAUGGGAUCCUCCGAAAAAACGCAACGGUGACAUAAUUGGAUACCUUGUCACUUACGAAACGACUGAGGAAAACGAGCGUUUUAGUAAACAAGUCAAGCAAAAAGUAACAUCGACGGAGCUCUUAUUACAAACUUUGGAAGAAGAAAUCACUUACACGUUUACAGUGAGGGCACAAACGAUCGAUUAUGGACCCUCGAUUUCGGAUAAUGUCACCACAGGGCCACAGGACGGCUCCCCAACGACGCCGAAAGAACUCACUUUGAUUAAAACACCGUCAAGUGUGGAGCUCCAUUGGGUCAAUGGUUUGACGGGAAAGGGUCCAAUUUUAGGGUAUUAUAUUGAAUCGAGGAAAAAGGAUGAUUUGCGGUGGCAAACUGUCACGAAAUCAACAAACGGACCCUUGCAAGAAUUUACAGUUUCCUACCAAAGUCUCCUUCCAUCAACCUCUUACUAUUUCAGAGUUUUUCCUUAUAAUAAAUUCGGUAUUAGUUGCCCUGCUUAUAUCAAAGAUCCAGUUCUAACACCAUCAAAACUGUACUUAGAAUACAGUUAUUUACAGUAUGAACCUUUCUACCGACAGACCUGGUUCAUGGUCGCACUAGCAGCGACCUCUAUCAUCAUUAUCAUAAUGAUAAUCGCAAUUUUGUGCGUUAAGAGCAAAAGCUACAAGUAUAAACAAGAAGGUGCUCAAAACAGCAUGGGCGAACUCAUGGCAAUGUCACGUGACGACAUGACCGCCGACUACUACCGAACUCGCAACGGCACAAGUAACCUAAGCUCGACUCUGUCAAAACGUAGCACUUUAUCUCGCAAGCCGGUCCAUCAACAACCCCCUCCAAUGUUGGGAAAAUCCCCCCCGAGACCAUCACCGGCUUCAGUUCCCUACAAUUCCGACGAGGAGAGUCUCAAAGGUUACGAUGAAAAUCCCGACGAUAGCAGCGUAACCGAGAAGCCAUCAGAAAUGAGUUCAUCCGAAUCCCAGGGUUCGGAAAGUGAAAACGACAGUGUUCUCUCUAAUUCACAUUCAUUUGUUAAUCAUUACGCCAAUGUAAACGAGCCGUUAAGACCGUCCUGGAAGCGACAAAAACCCGUUAGAAAUUUUUCGAGUCAUACUGAUUCGGAACCGGAAGGUUCAGCAAGUUUGAAUGGAGGACAGAUUAUCAUAAAUAACAUGGCGAGGUCAAGGGCGCCAUUACCCGGCUUUUCGUCAUUUGUUUAAUGAUAGUUGAAUAAUUAAGAAAAUUUGAUAAUGCCAGUUAUGACUUGAAUUUAUUGUGACCAACUAUCAAAUUUUCGUGAUCUAGGCAAAGACUUAACAUUUUUUGUACAUAUUUUUAAUUCAAAGUCUAUUUAAGUGAUUUAGAGUCAACUAUACUAUUUGUAUAUAAAACCUGUAGGACUUUUUACUGUAGAUAACGUUUCAAAGCAUCUAUUCUACCCACAUUACCAUUCCUAUUUAUAUUUUUAUAUCUUGAUAUCUAUUUAUUAGCAACUUUUCCCUCGACCAUGAAGCUCAAGACGAAUUCAAUUUCUUUUGACAUGACGAUUUAUUUAGCUUUUGAUGUUAUUGUCUGACAGCUUUUUGUGGAUAUUCGCUCCAAAGAGAGUCUCAAUGUAUUUUUGUUUUUACGUUUAAUCUCCCGAGAGCGUUAUCAAUGUACUGAUAGUAUUUACACUGCCUAAGUUUAAUGUAAUUAAGUGUAACAAAAUUUUAAAUAAAUCUGUGAUCCCCUAAUUUAAAAA